ACGAACACUUCCGGUUUACAUGUGAAAGGCGGAAAAACUAGCGGUCCUUCAGAGGGAACAAAGGACGUUUGUGUUGACCAAUAUGGAAAUAAGCUGCCCUGUUUAACCCAGUCUCCAGCCACCAUGUCAAAACGGCCCUCCUACGCCCCUCCUCCCCCCCCUGCUCCCACUACACAAAUGCCUUCAACCCCAGGGUUUGUGGGCUACAACCCUUACAGCCAUCUGGCCUACAACAAUCUCCGGCUGGGAGGGAGCUCCGGAGGCUCCAGCAGGAACUCCUCAGGCAUCACUGUCCCAAAGCCUCCCAAACCUCCAGACAAGCCACUGAUGCCUUACAUGCGGUACAGCCGGAAGGUAAGCAGGAAGGUAUGGGACCAGGUGAAGGCGUCCAACCCGGACCUAAAGCUGUGGGAGAUUGGCAAGAUUAUUGGAGGGAUGUGGAGAGACCUGACUGAUGAGGAGAAACAGGACUACCUGAACGAAUACGAAGCUGAGAAGAUUGAAUAUAAUGAUUCCUUAAAGGCCUACCACAACUCACCAGCCUACCUGGCCUACGUCAACGCUAAGAACCGGGCUGAGGCGGCAAUGGAGGAGGAGAGCAGACAGAGGCAGAGUCGUAUGGACAAAGGAGAGCCUUACAUGAGCAUUCAGCCAGCUGAAGACCCUGAUGACUACGAUGAUGGUUUCUCAGUGAAGCACACAGCAGCCGCUCGCUUCCAGAGAAACCACCGGCUCAUCAGUGACAUCCUCAGUGAGAUUGUGGUGCCUGACGUCCGCUCGGUGGUCACCACAGCACGCAUGCAGGUCCUUAAGAGGCAGGUCCAGUCUCUCAUGGUGCACCAGAGGAAGCUGGAGGCAGAACUUUUGCAGAUUGAGGAUCGUCACCAAGACAAGAAACGACGUUUCCUUGAGACCACUGACUCAUUCAACACUGAACUCAAGCGGCUGUGCAGUCAGAAGGUGGAGGUGGACAUGGAGAAGUUAGCAGCAGAGAUGGCUGCUGCUGAAGAGGCGGCCAGGCGCAGGGCAGAGGAAAGGGAGCGUGAGGCAGCCGAGCAGGCAGAGAAGGCUGCUCAACAGGCACAGCAACAGCAGCAGCAACUGCAAGAGGCUGCUGGAAACAAAGCUGCAGGGCAUACCAGUGCUAAUGCUAGCAGCACAGCUAACCCCAGCUCAGGGCCCAAGGAGGAGGACAAGCCUACACCAAUGGAGACAGAUGAGGGAGCACCUGCAGAGCCCUCCUCAGACCCCCAGCCUGCUCCACCUCCAUCUUCUGACCCCCCCUCCUCUGCCUCUGAUAAAGGAACCCCCCCCCCUGAGCCCCCCAGGGAGAGCAGCACUCCCAGCAGUAGUGCUCCCAGUGAUGACAGCAGCAGCAGCAACAACAGUAUGCCCCCUCCUCCUUCAGACACCACCCCCGGAGCAGCAGCCCCUGACCCCCCACCGACCCCGGAAGCCAACUCCAGCACCGCUAACCCUAAUGUGGCUGCAGCAGCGCCGUCGACCCCUGCCUCAGAAGAACCAGCCCCUCCACCACUACUGCCCCCCACUCAGAGCAGCCAACAGUAUGAUAUGUAGUAGUCUAUAAGAUACACAGUGGUAAGUUUGGAGGUGCUCCCUGUGCUGUAGCUCUCCUCUAUUCUUCUCCUGGAUGAAACAGCAGCUGUGGAACAAGUGAGAUUUGUGUGGUGGCUCUGUCAUAACAAAUCUUGUGCAUAAGCAGUGCCGAGUGGUUAAGGGUCUGAUAGUAUGGUCAAUAAACAGUUAACAGAUAUUUCAUACAAGAGGGAUGAAAGAUUUUCAUCAUUUAGCCUCUUGAACCUGGAUAAACAUGACCCUGUUUCCUUAAAAUGUACUCUCCACACACAGUUUGAUGAUUGAGUGAAUUAAUGUCACCAAAGAGAACAAACAUUUUUGCAACAGAGGUUGUUCCAGUUGUGAACAAGCCAUUCCUCUUUUUUAAUUAUGUCACAUCAUAGAUGUUUUAAGUGUAAAUAACGGCACAUAGACAGCAUACUAGGUGGCUGUUAAUUGCCACGUGGUCAGCAGUAACCCCACUGACUGAUUAGACGUAACAUACAGCUGACAUCACUGUUCCUACUGUCUGCUUCUGUCUGUUGUUUAGCAUCCAGCCAGAAAUCCUUCCAUACUUUUCACUUGGCAAAGAAAGGAAGCAAAUUCUCAUAAAGCAGAAGCUGCGACAGAGUGUGGCAUUUUCGCUCAAAUGUUAUUGAAGCUGUAAUUCUACAUCCUGUUCUGCCGUUUGAGGGGCUACAGUGUUUUCCAUAACAUCUCCUCGUCUCUGACACCAGGAGAACAUGAUUUCAGGAGCUGCUUGUAGGCAAAAGGCUGCUGAUGGCUGUUUUUUAUCUCCAUCCAUAAGUCGGAUGUAAACCUCCAGUAACUGCCACUGUGUAGACUUUGUGCUGUUGGAUGUGGCUGAAAUGUUUGAUUUCCACAUGCGUCUACAUGACUCAGUAUAUAUAAACCUUUCAAAUCAGCCCUCAGAGUUUUCUUUAGUUGGACUGCAGCUGCAGACUCUGAGGGUUACUGUCCAUCAUUCAUGUUCAGUCUGGAUUGUGUCAAGCUCAGUGUACGUUUCGGUGAUAAAGAGCAACCUCGCAUGCAAGAACGUGAAUUCCCCCGACCCCCCAAUCUAAAACCUCAGAAUUUUGUAGUUUAUCAGUUGAUGUGAUUUGCAGAACUACUACUGUUACUUCUUUGUGUUUUUAGAGCUCUAGUAGAUACUUUUAGAUGAAUAUAAUCAAACUCAGCCUCGGUAUUAAAGCUGUACUCUUGAAUCAGAUUAUGACUAGGGAGUAUUGGGAUUGUUUCCCAGUCUGAAGUUACUCUGGAGGAAGGCACAUUUUAAUAUAUUGGUGCAAUCACAUUCUGCAUGCUGUAUGAAAACCAUAAAGCAAGCAUCUCAACAAAUACUGAAGUCAAAACCCAUGCAGUUGCAUAAGCGAUGGCCACAUCUCCUAGGUGCUUUUUAAUAACUUGUGGAUGAUGAAGAGAUUUGCAUUGAGUAUAAACAGUUGGCCUGGAUUUUUUUUCUCUGUAUUCAUCACAUUUCUAUAGAAACAGCUGACACCUCCUCACUGAGCAUUUAACUUGUACGAGCUUCUGGAUAUGGCGAGGCUUUUUUUUAAAGACUAUGUUCCCCUUUAGACUGCAUACUCCUGUUAACACCACAAGCAGAGAAAUGCACACGCUACCUUCAUCCAAAAGUAACCUCAGUCACUUUUGCAUUUAAAGGACUGUUUUCUUACUUGAAUUGGACUGUUUUUAGUAACCUUCCUGUUUUUGCAUCUUUCUUUUGUACUGUCUGAAUUUAUCUAUCCAAAUAAAGAUGAUUUCUCAGUC